AUGAAACCACCUAAAACAAAGGGUAAACAGAAUAAAAGACAGGAUGCUGCGCCUACAAGUUCGCCGAAGGAUAUUGAAGAGAGUACUUCUGUGAAAGCGGAGAGUGAGGAUUCGGUAUCGACAGAGUCAACGGCUUCAGAUCAGAUGUCCACGUCAUCUCUAACAAAAAAGACGAUAAAGGGACUUUGGUCAGCAGAAGAGGAUAAAAUGUUAUUAAGUUUAAUUGAAGUAUAUGGUCCUUCUAGAUGGGUAGAGAUUUCACAUCAAUUGAAAACACGUACUGCCAAGCAAUGUAGAGAGAGAUACCAUCAGAACCUUCGACCAAAUUUGAAUAAGAGUCCUAUAUCAAUAGAAGAAGGUGAUGCCAUCAAAGGCCUAGUAGCGAAGCAUGGAUUCCGUUGGACUUUGAUAGCGAAGCUUCUCAAUACUAACAGAAGUGAUAACUCAAUAAAAAAUUGGUGGAAAACAAACGUGAAAAAGAAGCAACGUAAUGUGUUCCGAGAUUCAAACCCCUCAGGAACAAUGGCGAAAGAUUUUGACAUGAUGGCUGGUCCAGAAAUCAAUCCACAUCUACUUCAUGGCGGCAGUCCACAGUUUUUAAAGAAUCAUCACCCUCAUGACCGUGAUCCUAGUUCUUCAUGUGAAUCAAACUCUCCAAAAUCGGAUUGUUCAUCUCCCAUAGAUCAUAUUUCCAAUCGAAGAAAUUAUGUCUCUCCAAUAGAUCAGUACGGUCAAAGACUUCAAUUGCAUUCCCAUCCUCAUUUCGUGCAUAUGCUACCGAUGGGACCAAAUUUUAUCCAACGGCCACUAUUACCCCAAGAUAUGCACAAUAAUCAUCGGGGGAUAGCAGUGCAGCCUUACAUACCAUAUCCUCAGUAUGCUCCAGCUACUCAUAUGUCUGCCAAUAUGUUUCCUAUUUUAGUUCACAACGCCAAUGUUCAAGUGGAAACUGUCAGUAAUGAUAAUACUCAUAAUAAUCAUAAUGAUAAUACCACUAAUAUAAAUGACGGUGUCAGCAAUACUAUCCACACUCAGAGCAUCAACCAUGGCAGUGAUGCUUCGACGGAAAUUCAACAUCAUAUGUAUGCCAGCCUACCUCCUCCAAUAGGCACCUAUAUGGGUCCUAUCAUCCCGCAUUCUCAUUUGAUGCCACCGCAAACUCUCAGUCAAGGAGCAGGAACCAUACCAGCGAAGAUAGAGGAAACACAACCAGCUCAACCUAUAAUGCAACAUCCGAACUUGCCAGUUCAGCAAACACAACCACAGCAACUAAUUAGAAUUCCUCACGGUACUGGCACUGAAACGAAGGAUUCAAAAUUCGUUGUACCAUCCUCUCCAAUGGCUAAUACUUCUGUGCAACACAUGCCAAUGUCGAACAUUCCGAAUUCACCGGCAAUACAGCAAAACUUCAGUGAAAAAACAGAGGCUUCAACCGGUGUCGAUACCUCCCAUCACGUCACUGAACCUCCUUCUAAUAAACUACCAUCCUUCGAAGAAUUGACCCAGAAAAUGAAACUAAAUAAUUCAUCCAAUAAUAACCCUAACUUAAAAUAA